AUGAGAAUCCUCAGCUCCUACCACCGCCGCUCCGGCCAAACAGAGCCAAACCUCUCCCGUCUCUCCACAAACCGUCAAGCAGCCCAACUGCCCAUGCUAAACUUAGCUGACAACAACCGCAACAACUUAAUUGCCGUAAUCGGUGAAUUUGUGGGCACAUUCAUGUUCCUCUUCUGGUCGUUUGCUGGUACUCAAAUCUCUAAUACGCCUAUGCCACCGGCCGGAUCGUAUCCGAAUACUUCGAAUUUAUUAUAUGCCUCGCUGGCUUUCGGGUUUUCGUUGACGGUUAAUGUUUGGGCUUUUUAUCGUGUUACUGGUGGAUUGUUUAAUCCUUCUGUUACGUUAGCCCUCUUCCUGGUUGGUGGCAUCCCAGCAAUGCGCAGCGUGCUCAUUGUAAUUGCUCAAAUCCUCGGUGGUAUUUGCGCCGCUGCUGUGGUGUCUGCCUUAUUCCCCGGUCCUUUGAAUGUUGCGACCACUCUUGGUGGUGGUGCCAAUACUGCCCAAGGUCUCUUCAUUGAAAUGUUCCUCACGGCUCAAUUGGUCUUCGUCAUUAUCAUGCUUGCCGUUGUCAAACAUAAAUCAACUUUCCUAGCUCCCGUGGGCAUUGGGCUGACUUUCUUCUUGACCGAGCUUUGUGGUAUUUAUUACACCGGUGGCUCACUCAACUUCGCGCGCUCUCUCGGCCCAGCCAUUGUCAAUCACAGCUUCCCACAUUAUUUUUGGAUCUACUUCCUCGGCCCCUUGCUUGGGUCCGGCCUCGCGUCUGGCUUUUACUAUCUCCUAAACAAGAUGCGUUACGAGACCUGCAACCCCGGUCAAGACGCUGAUAGUAUGGAGGCGCCCACCAAGGAAAGUACCGGCACUUCUUCCUUUAACCAAAGUAUCCCAAGUGCCUAUGACCGAGGCGCCGGUAAUGGUGUGAAUGGAAAUGUCAACGGAACCGGUGGUGCUGCUGGAUAUGGGCACCAGCGAAAUAUAUCCGAGGCUACUGCUGUCAGUCCUGGUUAUGCUACUACAAGCGAGAAGAAUGAACCUGCUCUUUCUCCAACCGGUCACGGCGAGUAUCCUUCCACCACUUCUGCAGGUCAGUAUGCGAACACGCCUGCGAAUCAGCCCACUGGUACAUACACCAAUCAACCAUCAGGAAAUCAACCGGGGUCAUUGAAUCCGGUCCGUGAGAGAGGUGAGAGCGGUCAAAUCAAUCAAUUCUAAUCUAAGAGCUAGGACGAUUAGCAGAAGGGACUGUUCUCAUCUGAGUGAGAUACCAAUAGUGGAUAGCUAGUGUGUGGUUUAAGGAUGGAGGAGAUAUGCCAGGGUUAUAAUGUUUGUACUUAAUGAUACCUUAAGUUUAAUAUACAGAACAUAAUCGUGAUAAUACUAAUCGUGAUACAUCACACAU